AUGAAGUUCCUCAGUUCUGCUACCGCUUCGUUGCUCAGAGUGCGCAACCUCGUCGACGACAAGUACCGGUCCAAGGAGCUCUCGUAUGGCUUCAUCCUGCUGGGCGCCACCAUGGACAACCUCAACGUGGCCGCUGCGUUCAGCAUGACCGAGAGUCUGCAGAAAGAGAUGGGAGCCAGCACCGCCGACGCCACCUGGGUGGUUUCCGCGUACGCCCUCACGCUGGGCGCAUUUAUCUUGCUAUUUGGCAAGCUGGGCGACGUCCAUGGCCUGCACAAGGUGUUCACGAUCGGGCUGUUUGUGAUGUCCAUCAUGAACCUCAUUUGCGCCGUCAUCACCAGCAACAUCAUCCCGCUGAUUGUGUUCCGUGCGUUCCAGGGCAUAGCCGGCGCCUCGCUCAUCCCGAGCGCCGUGGGCAUUUGCGGCAAUUACUUCCAGGGCCCGAAGCUCGGCACCGCCAUCAACUACUUGAUGCUGGCUCUAUGCGCGUCGCUCGGGCUUGGAGUCGUGCUUGGCGGCGCAUUCUCGCUCACCAGCAUCGGCUACCGCGCAUUCUUCUAUUUCUCGUUUGCCAUUAGCUUUCUGACCUCCAUCGUGCUCUUUUUCAUUGUCGUCCCCGUGGAAAAAACCAGAGAACACCACCUCUUGAGCUCCAAGUACCUCAACUACGGCGGUGCCAUCUUCCUUGUUGGCGGCCUGCUGCUCAUCAUCUGCGGUCUCACAGAGGCAGGCACCCGCUGGCGGUCGCCUAAAGUGUAUGUUACCAUCCCGGUCGGCUUCGUCAUGGUGCUGGGCGUGCUCCUCUUCGAAAACGUCUACGUCAGACCGUACCAGAAAAGACACCCGACGCUUGACACCUACAGAGCCAAGCUGGUCGUGCUGUUCCCGGCAGAUGUGGUGAAAAUCACGAAUUUUGUGCCCUUCCUGGUCGGCCUCACGGCCAAUUACGCCGGGUUCACCGCGCUCAUGACAUCGCUGCUGCUCUACCACGAGUUUGUCGACGGCAACUCUGCCGUGCUCUCGGCAGGAAAGGUGUUCUGCACGUCUGCAGGUAUCAUCAUCGGCGCAGUGAUCUACAGACCGUGGUUGCAGCAGAAAAUUGGUAGCAAGCCGCUGCUCAUCUGGUCUGCCGCCGUGUGUCUCGGCACGUCCAUCUGGAUCACCAGAAUCGACCACACCAACAAGAACUCAUUCUGGAUCUACGAGUUUGUGCCCCAGCUGCUGUAUGGUUAUGGAACUAACCUGUUUUAUCAGGUGUACCUGCUUGCUCUGCUUUCCGAGACUCCGCUGCACCUCCAAGGAAACGUGACGGGCAUUUUCCAGACCAUUGGCCAGAUCGGCAUUUGCCUCGGUACAGCUAUUGCCUCGUCUAUCAUCGGCGCACUCGACUCCACAAAAACCUACACCAAGGACUACGUGCAGACCAAAUGUGUCAAUGCACUGUGGUUCACUGUGGCGUGCUUCGCGCUUGAGCUGGUGAUGAUGGUGUUCUCCAAAAACACGAGACCAGUUGCGGCCUCGCAAGAUGAGAACACAGUGGAAGACUCGGAGGACAAAUCAGACGACACGUGUGAAGAGAAGGUCUAG